AUGGUCUCAAUUCGAUUCCAACCGCUGUCUCCACCGCACCGCUUCCGAGCGCGGCCGCUGGCGCAACGGGGCCGAGCCUCCCGCAGCCGGGUAUUAAUGUCAGAUUCAGAAAGAGAUCUUGACAGCGAAAGCAAACUGAAGUGUGGGAAUGUGGAUGAGGAUUGCGAGAAAGUUGUGUCGCAUGUGGCAUGUGUCACCUUGGAGUCUGACUCGCUACCGGAGACUCCGAACAUGCCACGAGCAGUAAGAAAGAAGAAACGCUUAGUCCGCCGACCACGAGGCUACAAAAUGGAUGUCGAUCCUCAGCCGUCAACUUCUCAAUCAAAGCCAGACAGCCGAAUGGACUGGGACGGGGCUGAGUCUUGCAUCUCGUCAACAAGCGAAAGUGACGGUGGGAAUUGUGCAGCCGAUGCUGAUGAUGAACAGAGCGAUUGGGUCGGGUACGCCCCCUCCGUGACAGAGGGUGACUUUGAUCCCGUGGAAGAACGAAGAACUCGGCGGCUACAGCAAAAGUUGCAGAUGUCGCAGUUGCAAAGACGUCUAGAAAGAUUUGCGCUUGAAGGCGGUCGUGGAGAGAUGGGGAUCGAGUUCCACAUCAAAGGGCGACCUAAUUCAAUUCAGUUUAAUCGUAUGCUGUUACAUUACCGCCUGGAGGUGGUAAAACGUCAACGUGGUACAGUAGUGAUUCGAAAGAAAAUGGUCGACAAUGAGCUGAGAUAUCUAAUCAGAGCUGGUGAAGCAUUUUCCUCUCCGGAUUGGAUCUUACGCUUUCGGAUGGCUAAGAAACGCAGCGCAAUCAAAGCAAACUACGUACGGUUGAUGGUCAAAAUUGAACUGUCUGACUCCAGACCAUUUACUCAAAGUGACUUUGAACUAUUUGUGAGGCAAACAGUUCAGCGAGUAUUGGGCAGCUGUGGACCACAGGUGCAGGUUGGUGAUUACGACGAAUUAACUCACAAGGGGAAUAUCAUUGUUGGCGGUGCGGACGCACAACUGGUUUGGGCUGCAUUAACGAUCAGUGGACAACAUCAAGAAAGGACGAUCGCCGCACACUUUUUUUCGCUUACGGAAUUUUAUGCUGGAGAAGACUUCAUUCUAACACCUGUGUUCUAA